GCACUGACCGUUGUGUGAAGUUUUUGUUCCCUCCCACUAACUGGUGCUAAAUAGAUGCCACCACACUCUCAGGGGAGAAGCUGCAGCCAUCGCCAUGGGAAGAAAAAACCUGCUGUCCGUCUGCCUGCUUGUCUUUGUCACUUUCAAAGUGUCUGGCUUCAAGAUCCGGAACAAGCUGCUGGGGAAAUGCCUGCAGGUGCAAGAAGGAGCGUCAGGGAGCCGAGUAUUGUUAGGAGAAUGCAGCUCAAGCUCACCAUUACAGGAAUGGCACUGGCUGACUGACGGCUUUGCUCUCAGGAGUCAACACACUGGAGAGUGUUUAACCGCACCGAGUCAGGAGUAUGAUGGAGUCCUCCUGCAGCCCUGCAUCUUCAGAUCUGAAGUGAAUGUAGGAGGAGAGGCCAGCAGCCAGGCGUGGGCCUGCUCAAAGAAAGGCCACAUCACUUUGAUAGGGAGUGGGCUACACCUGAGCACUACAAAAGAAUCCACUUUGGUCUAUUUGUUGAGGGAACAUAAGCAGGGCAGCAGGUGGCGAACCCUUGAUAACCAGACAGUGUGUGAUGGAAGGGACAGCAAACAAAACCAGAACCAGCCCAGUCAACAUGUGGAGGACCUGGAACUGGACACUUCAUCAACUCAUGUGACUGACAUAAACACUAGAGUUGAAACAUUUGAUGGUCUUAUCGGCUCAGUAGGAACAGAACCAGACUCAGGUAAAGAUGUGCCCAUCCCUGAUUCCCUGAGCCCUCGACCCCCUGCAGACCCCACCAUGGUGUUUUUCACCAUGGACUAUGGAAUGAGCUGGAAGAUAACCAUGUUGGUGUUAAGCUCUUUGGCUCUGGUCCUGGGAACUGUAAUUCUCAUCCUCAAUGUGUAUUCUAAUAGAAGGAAAAAAGUGGUUUGUGUUUUGAAGUCGUACACUCCAAGGCCAGAUGCGAGUGUUCCCGGGUCUCCGGUUCCAGGUGAAAGAGCUCCUCUGACCCAGCAUGCCAUGCAUCUUCCACACUCUUCCCCCACCUUCCAGAGAGGAGAGAUCCUGAUUGAGUGGAAGGAUGGCACAGUCACUCCCCUGUACGAGGCCUGAAGGCCCGACACAGUUUCAGAUGUGGUUGGUGGUGUUGUGAGAGUGGGUUGGUAUCUUGUAUGAGGCUCAGUGUGUGUUUGAGUCAGAAGGAGACAUUAAUAAUAAAAGAAGAAGCAGCAGUCAAAGCCAGGUUAAGGUUUCUGUUGUUGUUGGCAAACUAUUGAUAUUGGAUUUCAGAAUGUUUAAUAAAGGUGAAUAUUUGUGGAUCAGAUGUGUCUUAAAGGUUUUACGUGCCAGGAGAAGACAUAAAGUUCCAUCUAGAUGUCAGAAUAAAAGCAUCUGAAGUGGACUAUAAAUUAAAAAUAAUGUUUAAAAUACAUUAAGUUAUUUCUGCUGGUCCAAGUUAAAAAUUAGAAUUUGGUUAAUUCUAGUGAUGAUUUUUUAUUUAGUUUUUUUUAUGCUGCUGAUUACUCGUGUAAGAUCAUAUUUACUAAACAAUGUUUCGGAGGAA